CGCCUCCCCGUGCCUCGUUCGCCGCCGCUGUCGCUGCCGCCGCCGCCGGCGCCGCCUCCCGAGACUCACACAGAGCAGUUAUGGCGGAUCCCGCAGCGCCCGCGCCCGCAGCUCCGGCUCCCGCCCAGGCCCCGGCCGCGGCCCCGGAGGCGGCCCCGACCCCGGACGCAGCCCCCGCCCCGGCCCCGGCGCCGGUGCCCGCCCCGGACUCGGCCUCGGGGCCGUCCUCAGACUCCGGCCCCGAAGCCGGCUCGCAGCGGCUCCUGUUCUCCCACGACCUGGUGUCGGGCCGUUACCGCGGCUCGGUGCACUUCGGGCUGGUGCGCCUCAUCCACGGCGAGGACUCGGACUCGGAGGGCGAGGAGGAGGGCCGCGGGAGCUCUGGCUGCUCCGAGGCGGGGGGCGCGGGCCACGAGGAGGGCAGGGCCAGCCCGCUGCGCCGCGGCUACGUGCGCGUCCAGUGGUACCCGGAGGGCGUCAAGCAGCACGUGAAGGAGACCAAGCUAAAACUAGAGGACCGCUCUGUGGUGCCUCGGGAUGUGGUCCGGCACAUGCGAUCCACUGACAGUCAAUGCGGCACCGUAAUAGACGUCAGCAUCGACUGCGCUGUCAAGCUCAUCGGCACCAACUGCAUCAUCUAUCCUGUCAACAGCAAGGACCUCCAGCACAUCUGGCCCUUCAUGUAUGGGGACUACAUUGCCUAUGACUGCUGGCUGGGGAAGGUCUAUGACUUGAAGAACCAGAUCAUCCUGAAGCUGUCCAACGGUGCCAGGUGCUCCAUGAACACAGAAGAUGGCGCCAAGCUCUAUGAUGUCUGCCCACACGUCAGCGACUCGGGUCUCUUUUUUGAUGAUUCCUAUGGCUUCUACCCGGGCCAGGUGCUCAUCGGCCCCUCCAAGAUCUUCUCCAGCGUCCAGUGGCUCUCGGGGGUCAAGCCAGUGCUCAGCACCAAGAGCAAGUUCCGAGUGGUGGUGGAAGAGGUGCAGGUUGUGGAGCUGAAAGUCACGUGGAUUACCAAGAGUUUCUGUCCAGGGGGCACGGACAGCGUCAGCCCCCCGCCCUCUGUCAUCACCCAGGAAAACCUAGGCAGGGUGAAGCGUCUCGGAUGCUUUGACCAUGCUCAGCGGCAGCUUGGGGAGCGCUGUCUGUAUGUCUUCCCAGCCAAGGUAGAGCCGGCCAAGAUUGCCUGUGAAUGUCCAGAAAAACUCUGCGCCCAGGGGGAGGGCUCUAUGGCCAAGAAGGUGAAGCGCCUAUUGAAGAAGCAGGUUGUGAGGAUCAUGUCUUGUUCCCCGGACACCCAGUGCUCCAGGGACCAUUCCAUGGAGGACCCAGGCAAGAAAGGGGGGGCCAGAGCCAAGAGUGAAACAGGGUCUGCCAGUCCUGAGGAGACGCCCGAUGGGUCUGCCAGCCCGGUGGAGAUGCAGGAUGAGGGCCCAGAGGAAGCCCCGGAGGCGGGCGAGCAGCUGCCCCCCUUCCUGCUGAAGGAAGGCGGAGACGACAGGCUGCACUCGGCAGAGCAGGAUGCAGAUGACGAGGCUGCUGACGACACGGAUGACACCAGCUCGGUGACCUCCUCUGCCAGCUCCACCACCUCCUCCCAAAGUGGCAGUGGCACAAGUCGCAAAAAGAGCAUCCCCUUGUCUAUCAAGAACUUAAAGCGAAAACACAAGCGAAAGAAGAAUAAAAUCACUCGUGACUUCAAGCCGGGGGACAGGGUGGCAGUGGAGGUGGUGACCACGAUGACCUCAGCAGACGUGAUGUGGCAGGACGGCUCUGUGGAGUGCAACAUCCGCUCCAAUGACCUCUUCCCCGUGCACCACCUGGACAACAAUGAGUUCUGCCCCGGAGACUUCGUGGUGGACAAGCGAGUCCAGAGCUGCCCAGACCCUGCUGUCUACGGCGUGGUGCAGUCUGGGGACCACGUGGGUCGCACCUGCAUGGUGAAGUGGUUCAAGCUGCGGCCAAGUGGGGACGACGUGGAGCUGAUUGGAGAAGAGGAAGAUGUGAGUGUCUAUGACAUUGCUGACCACCCUGACUUUCGGUUCCGCACAACUGACAUCGUCAUCCGCAUUGGCAAUACUGAGGAUGGAGGUCCUCACAAGGAGGAUGAGCCCUCGGUGGGCCAGGUGGCCCGUGUGGACGUCAGCAGCAAGGUGGAGGUGGUGUGGGCUGACAACUCAAAGACUAUUAUCCUGCCCCAGCACUUGUACAACAUUGAGUCUGAGAUCGAGGAGUCAGACUACGACUCAGUAGAAGGCAGCACAAGUGGGGCCUCCUCGGAUGAGUGGGAAGACGACAGUGACAGCUGGGAGACAGACAAUGGGCUGGUGGAGGACGAACACCCCAAGAUAGAGGAGCCUCCCAUCCCACCUACUGAGCAGCCGAUGGCCCCUGAGGAGGACAAGGGGGUGGUGAUCAGUGAAGAGGCUGCCACAGCCGCCAUUCAGGGGGCUGUGGCCAUGGCCGCCCCUGUGGCUGGGCUGAUGGAGAAGGCCGGCAAGGACGGGCCCCCAAAGAGCUUCCGGGAGUUGAAAGAGGCCAUCAAGAUCCUGGAGAGCCUCAAGAACAUGACCGUGGAGCAACUUCUGACAGGCUCCCCCACCUCCCCCACCGUAGAACCCGAGAAACCAACUCGGGAGAAGAAGUUUCUGGAUGACAUCAAGAAGCUGCAGGAAAACCUCAAGAAGACCCUAGACAACGUGGCCAUUGCAGAGGAGGAGAAGAUGGAGGCAAUGCCAGACACUGAGCGCAAGGAGGACAAGCCCGAGGGGCAGUCACCAGUGAAGGCUGAGUGGCCCAGCGAGACCCCAGUGCUCUGCCAGCAAUGCGGCGGCAAGCCCGGAGUCACCUUCACCAGCGCCAAGGGCGAGGUCUUCUCCGUGCUAGAGUUUGCGCCCUCAAAUCACUCUUUCAAGAAAAUUGAGUUCCAGCCUCCAGAAGCCAAGAAGUUCUUCAGCACAGUGCGGAAGGAGAUGGCACUGUUGGCUACCUCGCUGCCCGAUGGCAUCAUGGUCAAGACUUUUGAGGAUAGAAUGGACCUCUUCUCGGCCCUAAUUAAGGGCCCCACUCGCACCCCCUAUGAGGAUGGCCUCUACCUGUUUGACAUCCAGCUCCCCAACAUCUACCCAGCUGUGCCCCCCCACUUUUGCUACCUCUCCCAGUGCAGUGGCCGCCUGAACCCCAAUCUGUAUGACAAUGGAAAGGUGUGUGUCAGCCUCCUGGGCACCUGGAUUGGAAAGGGGACAGAGAGGUGGACGAGCAAGUCCAGCCUUCUCCAGGUGCUCAUCUCCAUCCAAGGUCUAAUCCUGGUGAAUGAACCGUACUACAAUGAAGCCGGCUUUGACAGUGACCGGGGCCUACAAGAGGGCUAUGAGAACAGUCGCUGCUACAAUGAGAUGGCGCUGAUCCGUGUGGUGCAGUCCAUGACCCAGUUGGUGCGGCGGCCCCCUGAGGUCUUUGAGCAAGAGAUCCGGCAGCACUUCAGUACUGGUGGCUGGCGGCUGGUGAACCGCAUCGAGUCCUGGCUGGAAACCCAUGCCCUGCUAGAGAGGGCCCAGACGCUGCCCAAUGGGGUCUCCAAGGACAGCGGCUCUCCAGAGCCGCCUGCUGUGACCGAGCUCUCAGACUUUGGCCGAGAAGAACCUGAGGAUGGAGGGCUGGCUCCUGGAGAGGCCUCUCAGGGCUCAGACUCGGAGGGCGGCGCCCAGGGCCCGGCCUCAGCUAGCAGGGACCACACAGACCAGACUUCGGAGGCAGCGCCUGACACCUCGGUGCCGCCCAGUGUCAAACCAAAGAAGCGGAGAAAGAGCUACCGGAGCUUCUUGCCUGAGAAGAGUGGCUACCCUGACAUCGGCUUCCCCCUCUUUCCACUUUCUAAGGGUUUCAUCAAGAGCAUUCGGGGUGUCCUGAUGCAGUUCCGGGCCGCUCUGAUGGAGGCGGGCAUGCCUGAGAGCACAGAGGACAAGUAGCUGCCAGCCCUCAAGGAAGGAGCAUCACAGUGGGGAGAGGCCAGCUGCUGCCUGCUCACUCCCUCCCCUGGAAUCUGCCCUCUUCCCAUUUUCUCCUCUGUCCCCAGUGCCAGCCCCCCAUGGCCCUCUUUUUCCCAAGGUGAGUUUGAUGCUGAAGUGCAAGAAGUUUUCUUGAGAUGCUGCCAUUUCUAUUUUGAAGCAGUCUUUCAACAGGCAGGUCCCCUGUGGCAAAGAAAAUCUGAACCUUGUUGCUGAUUUUCCACUUGUCACCCCAGGCAGAAUGUCCCGGCACUUCCUCCCUUGCCAUCUCCAUCUCAGGUCGGAGGCGGGGUCUUCCUAGGGCUGACACAGGGCCUCCCUUGGGCCCAGUGCUGUGCAGGUCAGCAGGACGAGUGGAUGUGCCUUGCAUGAAGUGUGGGUUGCUCUAGCAAUUCCCCUAGUCCCUUUCAACCUCUUCAGUUCCUCUGCAGCUUCCCUGUGUCCCAGGCCCUCCUGCUGCCACCACUACCAGAUCCUCCCUCGUCCCCCAGCAUCACCAGUCUCCCUUGGGAGUUGCGGCUGCUAUCACUGACUCCUGGCUCUCCUCUGGCCCAUUUACCACAGUAUAGCCCUCAGGCCUGUUGAACUUGCUCUCUAAGAGAGGUUGGGACCAGGCUGGGUUCAGCGUGACACCCAGGAGAGGUGGUGGCCCUCACACACUAACAUGGAGUGAGGACCAGGGAGCUGCUGGGGAAGAAACAGCUGUAGGUGCCUUGCUCUUCUGUCCCAGGUGGCUGGGGAUCAGCAGUUCUGGCCAUAAGGCCUCGCCUGCUUGGACUGAAGAAGCCGAUGUCUGCUCCCUGCUCAGCCCCAUCCCAGGGCCCCAGAAGGCUGGAGCGGCGGCAGCAGCAGCACAAACAAGGCCAGGGCAAGUGCUGGGGCCUCUCCCGCAGACUUUGCACCUCCCACUAUCAAAUGCUAACACCAGGAGGUGGCAGUAGCUCACUGAACACAGAGCCAGCCAGCCAGCCCUCCUGUCAGCCCUUCGCUUACACACUGUAGGCUCGAUCUGGGGAGAGAAUGGCAGCGGCAGGGUUCUCCUCCCUCGCAGAGACAGGCCCAGAGGUUUACAAGUUUUCUAAGCUUUUGAUAAUGUGAAGCUCCAGGUUAAGAGGAUGCUAUUGAGCACAUUGCAGCUAUGUAAUUUUUGGUGUAUGUAUGUAAUAUUUAAGGUUGAAAGAAAAUAAAUCUCAAAAGCAAAGAUAUUAACUCUUAUUAGAAAAAAAAGACAAAAAAAAAAAAAGAAGCCAAAGCAUGAUGCGUCUUGUCCGCCUUAAGCUGGCUCCACACCUGUGCUGUGCCAUAAUCACCCAGCGGGCAGCAGCUGCAGGAAGGACGGAGCCGGACCACGGGCCGUGGCUUUUGGAGCCCAGAGUCGGUAUCUUGUUUGAGAAACAUCCAGAGUGACUGGUGGGGCUGUGCUUCCCAGUGCGUUGUUCAUGUGGAGAUGUGAAUGCCUACUGCUUAAGAUAUCUGUAUAAAGUGCUGUGUGAUUAAAACUUUUUUUUUACUUGCAUUUUUUUCUGUUUGGCUCAUUCACAGUGUACAAAAAAGACAAGGUGGCACCAUUAAACCUGCCUCUGCCAUUCA